AAGUCUCGCGGUCCUAUAACUGAUCACACAUUAUCCUGACACUUCUCAUACGGUGCUCGCCGCGGGUCUCGCGAUAAACGUCUUCGUCCUCUGUUCGACAACCCUAAUCUCUAUAAUCACUCUUAAGUUAACUGCUUAAUUAUGCAUCCGUCCAGUAUGAAGUAUCUGGCUGGUUUUGCGUGUUGUAUUGCAUUCUGUCUUCAUUUAGCUAUAGCACAACAACAGGCUCAAGAUUCUAAUGGUUCAAUUAGUCCAGAACAAAAUUUAGCUGAUGCCUUAAACAGCAAUAAUGAGUCUAAAUAUAACAUGAAAAAAAUAAUGUGGAAACGAUGCAUAUCAAAAAAUUACGUGACGUGUGUCAAGUUGGCUUUGGUACACUUAGUAGAUCGUUUAGAAAAUACAAAUGGAACUUAUUCGUUAAUGCCUGGAAUUACAGUAACUAACUCUAAUCUUUCUGAAAUCAAAGACUCAACAGCUCCAUAUUUAACUACAGGACGUGAACUAUCUGAUAAUUUAGAUGGAUAUUUAGCUAACAAAAUAAACAAUUAUUUUAACAGUCUCAUGCUAAACAUUAAACUUUUAGACGAUGAAACAGCACGAAAUUUACAAAAAUUUAGUGAUGUUGCAACAGAUGUUUCCGUACAAUCUGGAAGAGGUAAAAAACAAAAGUACGCACAAUCGAUCCUUUUGGCCGGAUGGGUAACUGGUGCCACUUUGUUAGUCAUUGGUAUGAAAGCCAUCGCCGUUUUAGCUGGAAAAGCCUUGAUGACCGCUUUAUUAUCAUUACUUCUAUCUGGUCUAUCUUCUUUCAAAGGUGGUCAUUCAGAACCAAAAAGCACAACUUACGAAAUCGUCACAAAACCGGUGUACAGCCACUCGCACACAAACGAUCACGAUAUACAUGCAGCCGCCUCUCAAAAUAAUCCCACUUACCGAAGGUCCAUAAAUAAUGCUCAACAGCCAACAACUUCCGAAGAAGCUGACCACAUUGUGUAUCGCAUUCACACAUCAGAUAAAACACCAAUUUAUAUACCGAUAGAGCGACGACGAUGAUAAUCAACCUUAUGUACAGCUAUUUUCAUAAUAUAAUUAAGCUAACAAAUUAUAUCAAGAUAAUUUAAAAUAAUUACCAGAAAAAAUAUUUUAUAUUUAUUUUAUAUUGUUCAUUAAUAUUAAAAAUCCUAUAAAAAAUAAUUUAUAUUUAUAAAAAUUAUAUUUCAACUUUAUUUGAUACUAUAGCUAUUUAUUUAUUUAUUAAAAUUUAAAUAAAGAAUACUAUAGAAUACUAUAUGUAAAUUAUAAUUUUUUUAUAAUUUUUAAAACGUG